AUGGCAUCUAUAGAACCGUACUGUGUAAACCGUCUCCAGCACAGUGCAAGCUUGUUCACUGCACUUUCUCCAGCAAUGUCUUAUGGCAUAGCAGAGGAGUAUGCUGUAUUUAGAAAAGAACGAACACUCAGAGAACAAGAAAGUUUGAAUCGUACAAAAAGAAUUUCUGAGAUAACAUCAGGAAAGGAGAAUGAGAGACAUCUAGAGUUAACACUAUCGCAUUGGAAGAGACUCGUGCACGAUGAGAAGGAAAAAGUUGCUGCAGCACAGGAACAGGUGCUGCAACUACAGCGAGGCAGGAAAUCUGUAGAGAUGACUGGAAGUUCACUUCACAAGCAGUUGACAGAUUUACAGAACAAACACUCCAAGGUUCAGCAGGAAAACUCCCUCUUGCGUGUAGAGAAGAACCAUUUGGUUGAGCACAUCUCUCAGCUACAUAAACAGAUUGCAGAGAAGAAUGAUGAAAUCCGGCGUAUGCAGGGUCAUGUGGACAGCUUGUGCCACGAUAUGGAUAGCCUGAAGCUCCGCAGAGAUCUGGAUGACUCUUCUGACAAAGAGGCCUGGCAGCAGCUCUCCAGCAUAAGUCACAAUGUGGAGAAACUCGCGGCGGAGAGGAGCUUGAAUUAGUCACUUCAGUGCACUUUUUAUAUAUAUCCUUUUAUCCCGUGCAGAGAUUUCACAUUAUAUUAUAUAUAUAUAGUAUAUGAACAUAUAGCUUACAUGCAGGGCUCAAGUCCUGCAGGAACGCAAGGGAACUGAGUUCCUGCACUUUUUCCAGAGAAGGAACACCGUUCCCAUUAGCAGGAGUUCUGCAGCACCAGCCCUUAAAGGGGUACUCUGGUGGAAAACUUAUUUUUUUUAAUCAACUGGUGCCAGAAAGUUAAA